AAUACGGUUGUACUAUGUGUAAGUGGUUAAAUAGAUUUUUUUGCGUUUUAAGGUCAGUUGCCUUCUUGACAACUUUCGGUCGAAGAGCGACCCCUUCAGGCUAUUUUAUAUAGAAUACACGCCUCUUUUCUCUUUUCUAGUUCCUUUAUUUCGGUCAUCCCAGACAACCGAGUUAUCAAAGUGAAUGGAGUUACUAGACCAGAUUGAGUAAAAGUGGGCGUAGGAAUAACAGCGCGAUGGUCAUCGCUUGAUCCGUUUUUUAAUUGGAUUUUAAAGCAGAAUGGAUAUAACAGGAAUCUGGAAGGAAGAAGACUGUAUUUGAUAUUUGAAACACAUUAAGCUGUAUUUGUUUUACCGGGAGAAAUCUGAAAGCGUGCACAACAAAAUAAAAAACAAAACAAAACAUGUUAGCGUCAAGCUAGCUAGUGCUCACCACGGACUAGCAUUUGUGGAAUAAGAGUCACGGCGGGAACACACUGAUGACACACCUGAUGUAAACCCACGGACUAUGAGCUCAUUUGAGUCUCAAAACAACGUAACGUAACGUAGGAAAAGUAUAUUUGUAUUUGUUCGACCGCUGGGAAACUUCGAAGCUGACUCGUAAACACCAAGGCUUCACGUAGAUGUAUCAAGUGUGACCUUCUGCACACAGAAGACCGACUGCUUUCGCUCUGAUUCCAAAGUUAAAGUUUUUACAAUAAAGAGGCAAUGUCACGUGAUGGAUGGUUAUGAGUAUUAGUAGCCAGACAGGAGAACCAUGGAACAGGUUGAGCAAUCUACCUCAGAAAUGAAAUGUGACGGCCCAGUAGACGUCGCGGCAGCCCAAGAGCCCCUCAUGUUCACAGGAGUUAUGAAGGGCCAAUCGUCUCCACUGACAGACCUGAACCCAGUCCAGAUUCUUGAAGACACAACAUGGAUGGCAGUCCAGGAGGGUGAGUCUGCAUCCUCGGACUGUGGAAAGAUGUCAGAGCUACAGGAGCCCAGCUCAGCGUCGGGUGAGGAGGUGGAGGCCAGCGAGACGUCUGAUGCCACAGGAAUAGAAGUCUCACCCGGCAGCAAGGGAUCACGGGGGGCCACUCUACAGAAUGGAGAUGGGACACCACAGAAGAGUCCUCGACAGAAUAGUGACACUUCUGUAACAGCUCAAAUAUUUCCAGAUCCAUUACAGACCACCUCUCUCUCACUGUCAGACCAGUUACGGCUGGGUCAGAAUGACCCCAGUACUUUGGGCCUGAACGUUGAGUGCCGCAUAUGUGGAGAUAAAGCCUCAGGAUUUCAUUAUGGAGUACAUGCUUGUGAAGGCUGCAAGGGUUUUUUCAGACGCACCAUUCGUAUGAAGCUGGAGUAUGAACCGUGUGAGCGUGCCUGUAAGGUCCAGAAAAAGAGCCGAAACAAAUGCCAGUACUGUCGCUUCCAGAAGUGCCUGGCAUUGGGCAUGUCACAUGAUGCAAUCAGGUACGGACGUAUGCCAGAGGCAGAGAAGAAGAAGCUAGUGGCAGGGCUCAUCGCUGGGGAGAAACUGCAAAACUCUAGUGGAGCUGACCUCAAAACACUGGCCAAGCAUGUCAACACAUCCUACCUGAGGAACCUCAACAUGACCAAGAAAAAAGCACGGAGCAUCCUCACGGGCAAGACGAGCUGCACAUCGCCUUUUGUGAUCCAUGAUAUGGACUCACUAUGGCAGGCAGAAAACGGGCUGGUCUGGAAUCAGCUUAAUGGAGCACCACCCAACAAAGAGAUUGGGGUCCAUGUCUUCUACCGCUGCCAGUGCACCACAGUUGAAACCGUGCGAGAGCUCACAGAGUUUGCCAAAAAUAUCCCUGGCUUUGUGGAUCUCUUCCUUAAUGAUCAGGUAACAUUGUUAAAAUAUGGAGUCCAUGAGGCCAUAUUUGCGAUGCUCCCAUCGCUUAUGAAUAAAGACGGGCUGCUGGUGGCCAAUGGGAAGGGCUUUGUGACGAGAGAAUUCCUGCGUAGUCUACGCAAACCUUUCGGCGAGAUCAUGGAGCCCAAAUUUGAGUUUGCGGUAAAAUUCAAUGCCCUGGAGCUGGAUGACAGUGACCUGGCUCUGUUUGUAGCAGCCAUCAUACUUUGUGGAGAUCGCCCUGGGCUGAUGAACGUGAAGCAGGUCGAACAGAUCCAGGAUGGCAUCUUGCAAGCUCUGGACCAACAUCUUCAGGUGCACCACCCUGACUCUCCUCAUCUCUUCCCCAAACUGCUCCAGAAGAUGGCCGACCUCAGACAGCUGGUCACAGAGAAUGCCCAGCUGGUUCAGAUGAUCAAAAAGACUGAAUCUGAGACCUCCCUCCACCCACUUUUACAGGAGAUCUAUAAAGACAUGUACUGACAUGCAAGGACCUGAAUGAAGCAUGGACUUCAGAGUUCCCUCCUGAACGGAGAGAGUGCACAGAUCAUAACGGCGCCAUGGUGCCAUUUUUUUUUUUUUUUUUAAGAAAUUUUGUAAAUGACUUUUUACAAAUAUUGACUUGGAAUACUGACAUUUUCUCUUAUUUUUGCGGAGUGUUUUUUUAUUUAAACUCAAGGAUGCAGAACAUCUAGUCAUCGUUUACUAGUACUACUACUACCACCAUCAUGUUGUUAUUAAUUUGCUUGAUGAGAGCUAACACCUUUCCAUCAUGGUUUUGGUUUGCACGUACAUUUAAGUGAUGUCUAGUAUGUUUCUUUGAGAAGAACAGUCAAGCUCUUGAAAUACGACUUACUGUAUGUAGGGCUUUUAUUUUAUAGUUCUUCUUUCCUCCUGAUUCUGUUUGAGUUGGCACUUUUAGUAAAGUAAAAGUUCGACUCCACACAGAACUGUACAGCAGUCGGUUAUAUUAUUUUGGGAUUAUGUUACUUUGUUGAGUAUGUUGUUUUCAGAUUCAGCUGCUACAAAUAUAUAUUGGUAUUGAAACUGAAGACAAAUCUGCUUAAUAAUUCACUUUCAACUCUUUGGGAUAAACCUACAACAGCGUGAUAAUUUCAGCAGUAUGGAAGGAAAGUUUUUUUUUUACUUUGAUUUAUGAAAUUCUUAUGUGCUGAUCCCUUUGUUAAACACUUGUACCAUGAUGAUACUUGUAUUUUGGUAUACUGUCUGGUACCAGUCUCAAGGUCAUAUUUACUGAUUUUAGAAACAAAAUCAGAUUUCAUUAUAUGUACUAAAUUAGGUCUUCCAUUAUAUUUUGAUUGAACAUGUUCUUGACUAUGAAUAUACAUUGAGUGAUUGAAAGCAAGCAGGCUGUGGUUACAUUCAAACUAGAACAUGUAUAGUACACAAACUUAAAUUCAUUCUGUAAAUCAGAUGCAUUAAUUACUUAAUGAUCAUGUCAUGAUAUUUGUAUGUGUGUUGCAAAUGAAUUGAAUGCUUUUUAGGGAAGAUACUUCAGUUGUCCUUUAUUGAAGUAACUUGGACACUUCUGAGUUCAGAAUGGGUCUUGUCAAAAACAGUGCUGAAUAAUUUGGGAAUUCAGUGUACACGUGUUAAAAAUCAGUUUUGAUGUUGAAUUACAUUAAUUGGUAUUAAUAUGAUGUGCAACACAUCUACCAUUUCACAUCCAGAAGAAUCUUAGAAAUAUCUGAGAUUUUCUCUUAUGGCUGAAAUUGCUUUUCUGAUCUGUUUUUUUUUUUUUUUUUCAAGAUGGACCUUGAUGUCAGAGAUCUAUGAUUAUGUUGAAACCUGUUACUGUGAAACUAGAGAGCACAAUAAUAUGAAAUUAUAAGAAA